AUGGCGGAUGAACCAGGGAAGGACGGCUCCUCAUCCAAUACAACACGAACGCGAAAAGUUCGUCCUGAAAUUCAGAUAUACCGACCAGGUAUGAUGCGAAAAGGAACGGAUGUCACAGCGAGUGGCCCUCCACCGAACGAUUCUAAACCUCCCAGCGAACCGCCGAGGCAAAAACGUCCUUCCCGAAUUUCCCUAGAAAAUAGUCGCGGAGGAGCAAGGGCUUUUGAAAGUACUAACAAUGAGUGUAACGAUACGAAUCUGGUCAUUUUUAUUGUGGUGAUUCCGGGAGCACAACGCCGGAUGCGGCGUCGACGUGCAAUGAUCGAAGAGACAGUUUUGGAAGAGUGUCCGGAACGCGGACUUAUACGCGAGGUGGAAACAAGGCAUACCAUUCUAAUCAUAGCGACUUCACAAGUCCAUCGUCAAGCAGUAAAAGAGGCUUACGCGAUAGCCGGCCAAAUUAUCGCGCACCAUCAGGCCAGGGGAAUCGUGAAGCGGUCAAUGACAGAGUUCCCAGUCCAAGAUAUUCUUAUAACUCUCACACAAUCCUUAUAUGAUCCGCAACAACCAGAAGGGUAUCUCAAUUAUCGAUCAAACUUCACCAGUCGAGGACGUGGCGCGAAAGCCGACAUUGGCAGAGCACCGUCACCGGUUCGAUUUAAGCGCACGGCUCAGAUAAAUAAGAACGAGCGGUCAUCAAUGCGAGCCGAAGGGGGACAGCGGCGAAAUGAUAGACUCCAUAUCGACACGAAUGUUGAGACGAGAAGUGUCGCCGGUGAUGCACCUCCAUCUCCCUCCUUGUCGUAUAUGCAGUUGUGCCAGUCUUUUGAAUCAAUUGGUUCGUUUGACUGGAGCCGAGAGGUGGAAUCAGAAUAUAACGCGAAGCAUGGUGAAGAAAAAGAAGACCAUUCUACGAAUUAUCAAGAAAGGGGCGAAACUCUACACAAUGGCUCAGCGCACAAGGAUCUCCCCCAUGGAGACGGUCCCCACUCGAGUUUUUCCAUGCGAGGUAUUCUGAGAAUACCUCCUGGGUUGCGAAGUGACCGAGGAAGAAAUAGAAAUGGAACACCACAGCUGAUUAAAUCCAGCGCUGGAUACAGUGGUGGAGGUGAUGACGUUCACAAAGAGAAUAGAGGUGGUCGCCUGAUGGGCCGAGUCACAGUUGAUCGAUCACGAAGGGAACCGAAUGCAAACGGAGGCCAUACCGCUUGCGUCGCGUACCACUCGAGUUCCCGUGCGAAACGAGCCGAGAAGGACGUAAACCACCAGCGAUGCGACUGGCAGAGAAGAACGAUGUUGCUGCGGCAGGUGGUAUUCGAGGAAAUGACGGCGCCUUCGGUUUCACAUUCAAAUCAGCCUCGACAGAUGACCGACUAUCCGGUCUAUCACGAGAUUGCCAGAAAUCAAGGGCCGAAGAUGCAAAAGAUCAACGACACCAUAACGUCAUUACUAACGAAGGUGCAGCAAAGAGAUGUGGCAGCUGCCGAAAAAAUCGUGCAGUUAAGCAGCGACUUAUGUGAGAUCUACUAUGGUGUAAUGUUACGAGACAUUUACUUUACGUUCUCGAUGAAUCUUGAGCAGCAUUUGUGGAAGCAGGCAUUUUACAAGCCUAUCGAAGUGUUCAAGUCUAUGGCAAAUUCACCAAAGGACAGCUCACGAUUGUUCCGUUCACAGUUGCUGCUGUUGCUUAACAAGGGCAUCGCUUUCUAUGAGCGCCUCAUUGCAUUGUAUGAGAAGGAGCUAGACGUGGAUGUGGAAAAGGCCGCACUCUUCCAAUUCGAUUCUGACGAAAACUUCUGGAAUGUAUGUUUGUCACCAAACUCGCCUGAUGCUGAGUCGAGUAGGCGAAAGACAGCCCUGAAAUCCUGUUCGCGACAUCUGAUCUCCUUAGGUGAUCUGAAACGUUAUCGGACUCUUGUUGAAGGCAGCGAAGGACUACAGUGGAUGCGAGAGCGCUUUACUCGCGUUCUGCUCAGCUAUGGUCGUCAUCAGGUCAUUGCUACAAUCAGUUAG